AUGGCGUCCGGACGCAAGGAUUUCCUCAGCCAACAGGCGCCUGAUAAUUAUGUCGCUGGUCUUGGUCGUGGUGCAACAGGCUUCACCACUCGUUCCGACCUGGGUCCCGCGCGUGAAGGCCCAACACCAGAACAGAUCCAAGCCGCAUUAACGAAACGCGCAGCACAACUCGGAGCUGCAGCACCCACUGAUCCCGAUAAUGAGGUGGGAUUGUUUGCCUACGGGCAGUUCGAUCAGGAGGACGACGAGGCGGAUCGCAUCUAUCAAGAGGUAGAUGAGAAGAUGGAUAGGAGGCGCAAAGCUCGAAGGGAAGCUCGAGAGCAAAAAGAACAAGACGAUUAUGAACAGAAGAAUCCCAAGAUUCAACAGCAAUUUGCCGACCUUAAGCGAUCACUCGCUGCCGUUUCCGAAGACGAUUGGGCCAACCUCCCCGAAGUCGGUGAUCUUACCGGCAAAAAUCGACGAGCGAAGCAGAACCUACGUCAGCGAUUCUACGCCGUACCGGAUAGCGUCAUCGCAGGCGCCAGAGACUCGGGACAAUUCGAUACAACUGUUGCUGACGAUGGAGCUCAGCCUGACGGAGAGGCUGCUGAUGGGACCAUGACCAAUUUCGCGGAUAUCGGUGCGGCGCGUGACAAGGUUCUGAAGGUCAGACUGGAUCAGGCCGCGUUCGGGUCGACAGCCGCCAGCGAUACCUCUGGAAGCGCCACUAGCAUUGAUCCCAAGGGAUAUCUCACCAGCUUAACACAGUCUGAGCAGAAGGCUGGAGAAAUCGAGGUGGGUGAUAUCAAGCGAGUUCGAGUCCUGCUGGAAUCGGUCACCAAAACCAACCCCAAGCAUGCCCCUGGCUGGAUUGCGCUCGCACGUUUGGAGGAGCUGGCGAGUCGUAUUGUUGCGGCUAGACACACCAUCGCUAAAGGAUGUGAGCUCUGUCCGAAGAGUGAGGACGGCUGGUUGGAGAACAUCCGACUUAACGAAGGCCAUAAUGCGAAAAUCAUCGCUGCCAAUGCUAUUAAAAACAAUGACCGCUCAAUGAAACUCUGGCUCGAGGCCAUGAAGCUGGAGACAGAUCUGCGCGCGAAAAAGAAUGUCCUUCGACAGGCCAUUCUGCAUAUCCCUCAAUCCGUCGAGAUCUGGAAGGAGGCCGUGAAUUUGGAAGACGAUCCAGCGGAUGCGCGCUUGCUACUGGCCAAGGCUGUUGAAAUGAUUCCUUUGUCGGUGGAGCUCUGGCUGGCUCUUGCUCGACUGGAGACACCAGAGAAUGCGCAGAAAGUACUCAAUUCUGCCCGCAAAGCUGUUCCUACUAGUUACGAGAUUUGGAUCGCCGCCGCUCGUCUUCAAGAGCAGAUGGGUACAUUCGAGAAGAUCAAUGUCAUGAAACGUGCCAUCCAGUCCCUCGCCAAGGAAAACGCGAUGCUGAAGCGAGAGGAGUGGAUUGCUGAAGCUGAACGCUGUGAGGCGGAGGGCGCCAUUCUCACUUGCGGCUCUAUCAUCCGAGAGACACUCGGAUGGGGCCUGGACGAAGAUGAUGACCGCAAAGAUAUUUGGAUGGACGAUGCAAAGUCCAGCAUUGCCCGAGGCAACUAUGAAACAGCCCGAGCCAUCUACGCAUACACCCUGCGGGUCUUUGUCAACCGUCGAUCAAUCUGGCUUGCAGCCGCCGACCUUGAACGUAAUCAUGGCGAUCGGGAGGCUCUAUGGCAGGUUCUCGAGAAAGCAGUCGAAGCAUGCCCCCAGAGCGAAGAACUCUGGUUACAACUUGCCAGAGAGAAGUGGCAGGCUGGAGAGAUCGACGAUGCUCGACGUGUCCUCGGCCGUGCUUUCAACCAGAAUCCCAACAACGAAGAUAUCUGGCUAGCCGCCGUCAAACUCGAGGCCGACGCCAAGCAAAUCGACCAAGCGCGUGAACUACUGGCCACAGCUCGUCGCGAAGCUGGAACGGACCGUGUCUGGAUUAAGAGUGUUUCAUUUGAGCGACAAUUAGGCAAUGAUGACGACGCGCUGGAUCUUGUCACACAGGGUCUUCAAUUAUACCCUAAGGCCGACAAGCUCUGGAUGAUGAAGGGACAAAUCUACGAGUCUCAGAAGAAAAUUUCCCAGGCACGCGAGGCAUACGGAACCGGUACCAGAGCAUGCUCCAAAUCAGUACCACUCUGGCUGCUAGCCUCACGAUUGGAAGAAAAGGCCGGCGCCGUCGUUCGCGCACGUUCUGUUCUUGACCGAGCCCGUUUGGCCGUACCCAAGAGCGCCGAGCUCUGGACAGAAAGUGUGCGAGUGGAACGUCGCGCGAAUAAUAUCCAACAGGCGAAGAAUCUCAUGUCAAGAGCCAUCCAAGAGAUCCCAGCAUCUGGUCUCCUUUGGAGCGAAAGUAUCUGGCACCUGGAGCCUCGGGCUCAACGCAAGUCUCGCAGUCUGGAGGCUAUCAAGAAGGUGGACAACGACCCGAUCUUGUUCAUCACCGUGGCGCGGAUCUUCUGGGGUGAGCGACGAUUGGACAAGGCGAUGACUUGGUUUGAGAAGGCGAUUGUUUCAGACAGUGACUAUGGCGAUGGUUGGGCUUGGUAUUACAAAUUCUUGCUGCAACAUGGAACAGAGGAUAAACGAGCCGACGUUGUCUCGAAGUGUGUCUCGACUGAGCCUAAGCAUGGCGAGGUGUGGCAAUCCAUUUCCAAAGACCCAGCCAAUGCGACCAAGUCGACGGAGGAGAUUUUGAAGGCUGUUGCGGACACUAUUAACUAA